UAAACAUUAAAAAGGAAAAAGAAAAAAAAUACAUAACCAUUAACGCUAAUCGCAACUUUCGCGUUUGUCAAUGGGAAAUAAAGGUUUGAAGCGGUCUUGUGUUGCGGUGGCGGUUGCAUUAUUAGCCAUGGUUCAUGUCUCUGUUUCAGUUCCGUUCAUAAUGCUUCAUGGAAUCUCAGCUCAAUGUUCUAAUGCUAGAGAUGCUAACUUCACACAGCUUCUCACUAACCUCUCUGGCUCUCCUGGCUUUUGCUUAGAAAUUGGAAAUGGAGUAGGCGAUUCAUGGUUAAUGCCACUUACGCGGCAAGCGGAAAUAGCGUGUGAGAAGGUGAAGCAAAUGAAAGAGUUGAGUCAAGGAUACAACAUUGUUGGAAGAUCUCAGGGGAACCUAGUGGCUCGAGGCUUGAUCGAAUUCUGCGACGGUGGCCCUCCUGUUUACAACUAUAUAUCCUUGGCUGGUCCUCAUGCUGGGAUAUCCUCUGUUCCUAUGUGUGGUUCUGGCUUAUUCUGUAAGUUAGCAGAUGAGCUAAUCAAGGGAGAUAUCUAUAGCGACUUCAUUCAAGAUCAUCUUGCUCCUAGUGGUUAUCUCAAGAUUCCUACUGAUAUGACAAAGUACUUGGAAAGCUCUAAGUAUCUACCUAAGCUUAACAAUGAGAUACCAGACCAAAGAAACCAAACUUAUAAAGACCGAUUCACCAGUUUACACAACCUGGUUCUUAUCAAGUUUCAGGACGAUAAGGUUAUUGUUCCAAAAGAUUCAUCGUGGUUCGGGUUUUAUCCGGAUGGUGAAUUUGAACAUCUUCUCUCUGCUCAACAGACAAAGCUCUAUACAGAGGAUUGGAUAGGUCUGAAAACAUUGGAUGAUGCUGGAAAAGUGAAGUUUGUGAGUGUAGCCGGUGAACAUAUCAGAAUGGCAGAUGAAGAUGUCGUCAAACAUGUUGUACCUUAUCUCCAGGACCAACCGUCUUCGGUACAAAGAGUCAACCGCAAGACGAAGCAGCCCUUGCAUCCUUAAAAAGAGCAUAUACCUCACUAGUUAUUAUACUUAUUCAUGCAAUUUAUCGAAAAAGCUUAGUAAUGAUUUUGUAGAACAAGAAUCAUUAUUCUUAUAUAAAUAUAGAUACAUUAUACAU